CUCAAAAUGCUAGAUGUACCCAUGAAAAACAAAAUAAUAAUUAAACAAGAAAAAAGAGGAAGAAGAAAAUUCAAUAGAGAAGAAGAGAAAGAAAGAGAGCUAUUUAGAGCUCCGAAAAUACAUUUUUUGCCCCCUCUGAUUUCUCGUCUGUUCUUUCCGAUGCUCCGCAGAUUGGUCUCGUGAACAUCUGAUUGAUUCUUCACAGCUCGAACAAAUUAGCUUAAGAACACCGCUUAAAACAAAAAAUGGCAUCAAUGGUUGCUAAGGCCAGUAGUAGUCAAGUAUCUUCCUUUCAUUCCGUACAAGAAAAAGUGAGCCGGAACAAGAGGAAGUUCCGAGCUGAGCCUCCAUUGGGCGAAGCUGACAAGAUCAUCGCUCCGCCCCAAAAUGAGUGUCCUGCUUACGAAUUCUCUGCUGAGAAGUUUGAACCUACCCCGGUUCAUGGUCUGGCGAGUGCAUGUGAUCUGUGUGGUGUGAACCAAAAUCAUGCAGAUGGAUUGAAGCUUGACCUUGGAUUAUCUACUGCAUUGGGUUCAACUGAGGUUGUUGAGCCAAUCCAGCCCAGGGAGGAACUAGAAGAAUCCAAUGAUGCUGAUUGGAGUGAUCUCACGGAAUCCCAAUUGGAAGAGCUUGUUUUGAGCAAUUUGGACGCAAUAUUCAAAAGUGCAAUAAAAAGAAUCGUCACCUUUGGGUAUGUCGAAGAAGUGGUUACGAAGGCUGUUUUGAGGUCUAGUGUUUGUUAUGGGUGUAAAGACACCGUGUCAAAUAUAGUGGAUAAUACCUUAGCAUUUCUCCGAAAUUGUGAGGAAAUUGAUCCUUCUAAAGAGCACUGUUUUGAUGAUUUACAGCAGUUGGAGAAGUAUAUACUGGCGGAAUUAGUUUGUGUGUUGAGGGAAGUUAGGCCCUUCUUCAGUACCGGGGAUGCAAUGUGGUGCCUCCUGAUCUGUGACAUGAAUGUUUCUCAUGCUUGUGCAAUGGAUGGUGAUCCAAUGAGUGGCUUUGCUGGCGAUGGGUCCCAUUCAAAACUCGAACCUGAAGGUUCUGAAUCAAAUGUUACAAGAACAACCCCUUGCAAGCCAGUGCCAUCGAUUCCUUGUUCUCCAAGCACCAGUAUUCCUCCUGGAGUUUCCCAUGUAAUCAGACCGAAGAAUACUGGUUCUGUCCUAAAUGGUCUGUUAUCAGACAAAGAGGGAUCAGCUACUUCUGCAUUUGAUCCUGUUGAUAAAUGCUUCAGCAUUGCAGGACCAUCACAGUUACCUGUACUUGAAGAAAGGUUUACAGUUAGUAGGAAGGUUCAUUCCGGUAGCAGCAAGAGAGAGUUCAUCCUCCGGCAGAAAUCUGUACAUCUGGAGAAAAGCUACCGGACUUAUGGGUCUAAAGGUUCACUGAGAGGUGGGAAAUUGAGCGGGUUGAGCAAUUUGAUUCUAGACAAGAAACUGAAGUCUGUCUCGGAUUCCAAUGCUGUUAAUAUAAAGAAUGCUUCCAUAAGAUUGAGUAAGGCCAUGGGGGUUGUUGAUAAUAGCCCUCCAGAUGGUGGGAAAUCCGGACCUUCUUCCUCAGUAUCAUUCAGUUUGGAGACUCCUAGUACCACUUCUUCUUUACCUAAAGCCCAUAUCCUUCCUGUAUUACCCCCGGCCAAUUCUUCACCUGUAUUACCUCUGGUCAGUGUCACGUAUCCUCUAUCAACUGCAGACACGGAGCUUUCACUUUCACUCCCUACAAAGGCACAAAAUUAUAGUUUUUCUGGAAAGCCAUGUGAUAAUAAGCCGAUGGCACAGUGGGUUCCUCGGGACAAAAAGGAUGAUAUGAUUGUGAAGCUUCUUCCUAGGGUAAGAGAACUGCAAAAUCAGCUUCAAGAAUGGACAGAAUGGGCAAACCAGAAGGUUAUGCAGGCGGCUAGAAGGCUGGGUAAGGACAAGGCCGAACUUAAACUGCUGAGGCAAGAAAGAGAAGAAGUCGAACGGCUGAAGAAGGAUAAACAAACUUUGGAAGAAAACACCAUGAAGAAGCUAACCGAGAUGGAAAAUGCCUUGGGGAAGGCCAGUGGACAGGUGGACAGAGCAAACUCUGCCGUCCGGAGGCUCGAGGUGGAGAAUGCUGUGCUAAGGCAGGAGAUGGAAGUUGCGAAGCUACGUGCUGCUGAGUCAGCUGCCAGCUGUCAGGAAGUGUCGAAGAGGGAGAAGAGAACAUUGGUGAAGUUUCAGUCAUGGGAAAAACAGAAAGGGAUGCUUCUGGAGGAGCUUGUGUCUGAAAAGCGCAAGGUCUCACAGCUACUGCAGGAUCUCGAUGCUGCCAGACAACAACAGGACCAACAAGAGGCUAGAUGGAAACAGGAAGAGAAGGCAAAGGAAGAGCUUCUUUCCCAGGCCAGCAAAAUAAGAAAAGAAAGAGAGAAAAUCGAGUCCUCGUCCAAAUCCAAAGAGGACAUGAUCAAACUAAAAGCAGAAACCAAUCUGCAAAAACACAAAGAAGACAUACAGAAGCUCGAGAAAGAGAUCUCCCAGCUCAGACUUAAAGCCGACUCAUCGAAGAUCGCUGCCCUCCGUAGGGGAAUCGAUGGCACUCGAGCUCCCAUGGACUUCAAAACCAAUCCUGCCGUCCGGAAGGAGACGAACCGUUCCAACCACGGUCUGCCAGAAGUGGUCAUCACAGAUUUCAAUGACUACUGCUUGGACGACGGAGGUGUGAAGCGAGAGAGGGAGUGUGUGAUGUGUCUCUCGGAGGAGAUGUCGGUGGUUUUCCUGCCCUGCGCUCAUCAGGUCGUCUGCACGAACUGCAACGAGCUGCAUGUGAAGCAAGGGAUGAAGGACUGCCCGUCUUGUAGGAGCUUCAUCAAGCGACGGGUUGCAGUACGUUACGCUCCUCCUCGCUCUUAGUAUAAUUAUGAUGAUGAUUUAUAAUUGAUCGAUUGUAUGAGUGUUCAGCUUGAGUAUAUGAGAGAGAGAGUUAUAAAUAGAGUUUUGAGUGACUUUUUGGAAUAAUGGUUGCUUGAGGGGGACUCUGUUUUUGAGUUUGAAUAAUCCUUCCUGGUAUCCUGAUGCUACUCUAUUCACCCUUUCAAGUUUCAAAGAGUCUGCAAAAAAGAGACAGAGAAAGAAGAGAACAGAACAGAUUGAUUGCCUAAAGAUAUGAAAGCUUGAUGAUAUAAUACUUGGUUCAACAGUGGAUUUCCC